UUACGCAUGAUAGCGGCACCCCCAUGGCGUUUGUGAGUCACAGUUGGCUAGUGUCAAGCGCAGUGGUUUUUUAAAAAAUUUAUCACCCAUUUUCGAAGUGUUGUAGCAGUGAUUCAACCCUAUUCGAGUCAAAAUGGCUUUAAAAGCGCAAGUUGGAAUAAAAAUCAUGAACGAAGUGGUCAAGCUAAAAGCUUUGAAGAAGAACGGUCCGGCAGGGGGGCACGGGCUCGAGUGGCGCGUUUUAGUCGUGGACCAACUUGCCAUGAGAAUGGUAUCGGCGUGCUGCAAAAUGCACGAUAUUUCAGCCGAGGGGAUCACACUUGUGGAAGAUAUACAGAAGAAAAGGGAACCUCUGGCUACUAUGGAAGCAGUCUACCUUAUAACCCCGUCAGAGAAGUCUGUGCAUUUUUUGAUCGCCGACUUUGAUGGGUCCAGGCCCAUGUAUAAAGCCGCACACGUAUUCUUCACAGAAGCAUGUCCAGAUACCCUAUUUAGCGAGUUGUGCAAGCAUCGGGUAGCCAAAUCUAUUAAAACUUUAAAAGAGAUUAACGUGGCUUUUAUUCCAUGCGAACAACAGGUGUUCUCUUUGGACUCCCCUGAAACGUUCCAAUGUAGCUACAGCCCGAGUUGGGCCCACGCCCGUAACGCCAACAUGGAACGAAUGGCUGAACAAAUCGCCACGUUGUGUGCCACCUUGGGCGAAUACCCAUCGGUCAGAUACAGAAGCGAUUGGGACCGAAACGUCGAGCUCGCGCAACUUAUUCAGCAAAAACUGGACGCUUAUAAAGCCGACGAGCCCACGAUGGGCGAAGGGCCCGAGAAAACGCGCUCCCAGCUCCUCAUCCUCGACCGCGGGUUCGACUGCGUCUCGCCGCUCCUCCACGAGUUGACAUUCCAGGCUAUGGCGUACGACUUGCUCGACAUCAACAACGACGUCUACAGAUACGACGCUUCGUCGGGCGAUGGGGCCAAGAAGGAGGUGCUUUUGGACGAGAACGACGAAUUGUGGGUGGAGUUGCGUCACCAGCAUAUCGCUAUUGUGUCGCAGAGCGUCACCAAGAACUUGAAGAAGUUCACGGACUCGAAGCGGAUGACGCAGAGCGAUAAGCAGUCGAUGAAGGAUUUGUCGCAGAUGAUUAAGAAGAUGCCGCAGUAUCAAAAGGAGUUGUCCAAGUAUGCGACGCACUUGCAUUUGGCGGAGGAUUGUAUGAAGGCGUACCAGGGUUAUGUGGAUAAGUUGUGUAAAGUGGAGCAGGACUUGGCCAUGGGCACCGACGCCGAAGGCGAGAAGAUCAAGGAUCACAUGAGGAACAUCGUCCCCAUCCUGCUCGACCCGAAAAUCACCAACGAGUUCGAUAAAAUGCGCAUUAUCGCACUGUACGCCAUGACGAAGAACGGCAUCACCGAGGAGAACCUGUCCAAGUUGGCGACGCAUGCGCAAAUCAAAGAAAAAGAGACCAUCGCGAACUUGCAGCUGCUGGGUGUGAACGUCAUCAGUGACGGGGGCAACCGCAAGAAACCGUACAGCGUCCCCCGUAAAGAGCGCAUCACCGAGCAGACCUACCAGAUGUCGCGGUGGACGCCGGUGAUCAAGGACAUCAUGGAGGACUGCAUCGAGGACAAGUUGGACCAGAAGCACUUCCCGUUCUUAGCGGGGCGCGCCCAAACCAGCGCUUAUCACGCUCCCACGAGUGCAAGGUACGGCCACUGGCACAAGGACAAGACCCAGCAGGCGGUGAAGAACGUGCCUCGGCUUUUGGUGUUCAUCGUCGGGGGGAUGUGCUUCUCGGAGAUCCGGUGUGCUUACGAGGUCACGAAUGCCGUGAAGAAUUGGGAGGUGAUCAUCGGGUCGUCGCAUAUAUUGACGCCUGAGAGUUUUCUGAGUCACUUGACGGGGUUGUCGGGCUAGAAUUCAGCUAAAAAAGUUACCUUUAAUAUACCUGAUGUCUGAUCGCUUCGUGUCGUGUCGAUGUUGUUUGGUUAAUUUUUUCCAUGAUUGUUAGCCUAGUGUAGAGUUUAUUAUAUUGUGCUUGUUAUGGUUACGUUAGGACGAUUGUGAGUAUUUGCACGUUAAAAUUUGAAUACAGUUGAAAUGUGAAGAAAUUUUAAAGUUCGUGGUGUGUUUAAAUAUCUAUUGUUGAUCUCAGAUCGAUUUUAAUAUCAUGCUUAGGACGAUCGUGAUUUGUAAGAAUAUCUCGAUGUAGUAGACACACUGGGUGUUUUUAGGUAAGUUGAAGUGAAGGCUGUACUAUAAUUAACUCAGACUAAACGGCUUAGUUAUAUCUCGCUUCCAAAACCGAAAGUGUACUAUCUUACUACUAUAAAGCAAUACGUUAUUUUAAUCAGGUACACUAGAGUAGAUUUGAAUUAAAAUUAGUGACAAUAUUCAACUUUAUGUAACGUAAGUUAGGUUAUCGCCAACUUCUUGUAUUACCACUAAAGAUCUAAUCAUGUCAAUUUAAAUAAACAUAGCAGUUUGAGCUA